AUGACUCUUCUCUUCGACAAGUUCAAAGUCGCCAGUAUCUCCUCUUCGUCGUCAUCGGCGUCAUCGGCAUUGGCGUUUUCACCUGCGCUUGAUCGGCUCCGACGCUUGAAAAGCAUUUUCUGGAAAUCCCAGCAGCAACGAUAUCGUGUGUGUUUCAUGCUAACGUAUUGGAAGCAGCUCAAAAGUUGUACGGCAACGCGCCAGUGGCUGUCAAGCAAGAAUCAAUCCGAUCAGGACCUAGCUGAGUUGAGUACUCGUUUCUAUGAUCAUGAU